UUUCCAACCGGCAGUGUCUCGAUCGACGCGUUCAGCCUAGCUCUGCUCAGCGAGGAUUUUUCAUUCGAAAGAAAAGAAAAAAAGGAAAAGAAAGACGGGAACAACGCGAUGAGGUGCACGAUUCUGGUGUUGCUGACCACCGCCGUCGCCCUGGUGUCUUCCGCUGGAUUGCUCGAGACGCUGCUCUCCUGGGAACUGCCGGAUGCAGUGGGCAGAUCGACCGCUCCUCAAUCGCAAUGCUUGUGUCAAACCUCGAAUUGUUUGUGCUGCGUCGAUCUGAAUCUGACGGCGACCAUCGAUCUCGGAGGUCCUGCUUGCAUCAACGUCAAGCAGAAGGAACAGAACGUCUCGUUGAACCUGAGCUACGGUGACAAUCCAGUGCACAAUGCCACCAUCAGGAUCGCCGACGCGGCGAACAGACCAACCUGCAUGAAUCUACUGUCGGAUCUGGCGCAAAUAUGCGCGAAAUUCACAUCGAUGAAGCAGGCGGAGGCUGGAUACGAUGGUUGUCUGGUGAUCGAGCCAGCUUUACUGGGAACACCGCAAGCCACCUAUCCCAUGGGAUGCUUCAAUUUCAACCAAGUGGUGCGCCAAGUUGAAGCUUCUACCAUCAUCGAGACGACAGAGGCGACGGACAGUUCCGAAGAGGAGGAUGACUCUCUGAACACCGAGGAGCUGAUCGCGGCGGUGUCAGCCAGCGCGGAGCAGGGUAUAGCUUUGUUUUCUCAAUGGCUGGGUCUCAAUUUGAACCCGAAACUAAACCUGACCAGCAAGAACAACAAUCAAGAGACCAAUCAACGAGCAGUUCCGUCCACGACCUCCAGGUCCGCUCGGGCUCAAUGGGACCAGGAAGAGAAGAACGACGAACGAUUCAAACAGUUGCUCAGCGCACAGGAUAAUAUCCUGAAGGGUUCGGCUAUGAUCGGCCAAUCGAACGGUGCUGAAACCACGUUCGUUUAUUCGAAACCCCCCGAGCUAUUGUCUGAGAAAAUCUCGGACGGGAGGAGGGUCGAUGAAAUGAAAAUCGCCCCUCAACACCUGGCCGUGGUGCCGAAAGAGUCCAGACGAGGCGGUAGAGCGUACAACAUUCACCAACACGUAAAUGAAAUUUGAAAAGAAUUAUAUUUCAUUCGACAAGACGAGGGUGGAAGUUAUAAUUUCGUAGAGUUUAGGAUAUCACACGUAGACUGUACACGAUCAUCUAGGUCAAGAGCUAUCGUUCUUUUUUCCCCAGUAUUUUAUCCUCCCUUGCAAUUUUAAAUCGUGCAAAAGAAGAUUCAAAAAUAGAUUUUUGUAUAUUACGUUUUUCUAAGCAAGGUUUCUGGAUCUACUCCCAUCUUCUUUUUACUAUUAAUUCGAUCAAUAAUCUUUCGAAUUUCGACGAAUGAUUCUAAAAUAUCGUUCGUUUAUUUCUAGUAGGCUGAAUCGAUCAUUUCUCUGUCCAGCCUCGUCAGAAUGAUCUCUCUCGCAAUUGUGAUCGUCUUUCUCUUCUUGUCUUCGCGAAGAUUUGAUUUUAUUCGAA